UUGAAAAUUUUUGGAGUGAACGGACCGCGCGCGUCGUUUGCAGCGAGCUAAAAAAAAAAGUACAACAACAACGGCGGCGGGCGAUUAAACAAAACGCCGCCAAAACACACACAGCGAAAAUAAAUUGUUAUUAUCUGAAAAGGCAAGUGCCACCACCCCUUCCCCCUUCUGAGUGUGUUUGUGUGAGCAGCGGCUGCUAUAUAUCUGAGUGUGUGUGUGCGCGAGUGGUUUUGUGUGCGAAAAUGCAUUAAUUCACCAAUACGAAGGCAGAUGCAGCAACAACAUCAGCAACAACAUCAGCGAGAGGAAUAUUGCAAGCGUUAAUCGAAAUACAGUAAAAUACAAGAAAAACAGGCAAAAGUAAAUUGAUCAACGAGAAAAGCCUACUGAAUGAUAAAAAUUUAAUUUUUUUAUUGUUUUCUAUUCAAAUAUGUGAUGCCUUUUGCCGAAUAAAAAGUCACCCCAUAACCCAGAGUGAAUAAAUUACACGGGAAAAUAACGUAAAAUACACCGAGUGUCAAAUAAAAUCAAAUCGGUACAUUUGGACUCGGUUCGGUUAUUUCGGUUCGACACGCAGAAAAGGCAAAACUCAACGGUCGCGUCGAUACCAUUUUUGGAAAUUAUCGAAAGAGCAUAGCAAAGCCUUUUGCCUCGAAAUAUAACGUGUACAAUGCGUCAGUUUCGAAUAAAGUCCAAAUCGAGUUCACAAUAAUUUAACUACUGAGGCAGCGAAAGAGGAUUCUUACAUGUUCGGCCAAGGAAAGCAGCUCCAAUGGUCUCUCAACGCUCUCAAUGUGUUAAAAAUGUGCAAGUGAAGCGGAAAUCUUACCAAAGAAAAUAAUAUAAAGAUAUCCAUAAAAGUUCUUAAAUCAAACAAAACGAGUAUCGUGACAAUCCUCACACUGGAAUAUAUAAAAAGAGUGCAUAAUGUUUAAUGGGAAGGAGGGCGCCCAUUUAAAAUGAUGCCCCUCCAUUCGCAGCAUACGACGCAAUGCUCCUCCUAAAUAGAAGAAGAUUCUGCUGCGAAUGUUCCGUUGUCGAAACAUGGUACGCGACAAUAGCCGUAACAUUUGUUUUGGAAAAUUAGCCGAAACUACUACGACGCAACAACAACAACAGCAACAACAAGAGCAGCAGCAACAACAGUUCGUUGUGGAUAGCAGCACCAUUAUAAAUAACAACAAUAACAACAAUAAUAAUAAUAAUCCAAAAUUGAAAAGGUCUACAGAGGAACCACCGACAAACAGCUUCGAACGGAAUUAUUACGACCGCACCACCAGCCGUUUAGUCACUCAGUAUCAAGCGAACAACUCAACUUCCUUGGCAAAUUCAAACUCCAGUCCCUCGUCCGUGAGCGCCUCCGCGUCAGUCUUCGCUACGGCGGCAGGAGGGUCUUCCGAGAGAUCGCGCAACCGAGAUCGGCCGUACAGGAAUGGUUCUGCCAGCGUUCAAGGCGGCGGCAUCAACAGCAGCAACACGACGACGACGACAGCAGCCUGCACAGCUGGAGGAUCGGGAUCGGGAGCAACUGGAACUGGGACUGGAGGUUUGGUAGGCUCAGGUCCUGGGGGAGUACCGCAGGCGCUAGGCGACCGCAGCAGCACCCAGAAUAUCCACCAGAACCAUCAGAGCGCGCGGGUGGCUCCACCACAGUCAUGGUACGAAGCCGCCACUGCUGCAACGACGGCCCAAUUGAAAAGUUCUGGUGGCAGUGGCAAUGCCGGCGCCUCAGCAGCCGUGGGCUUCACAAUGAGCAGCUCACCGAUCAACCAUCAUCCGCACCAGCAUCCGCAUCUUCAGAAUCCUCAACACCCGCACUACACCAGCAGUCCAGUGGUAGGAGCCGGAUCUUGUCCCUCCACCGCUCAAGGACAGCCACAGAUUCAGUCGCAAUCGCAGACCACGGCCGUGCACCGAAGCGUGGCCUAUGCGGGAAGUGCUGCGGAUGACUCACUGAACACCGCCACCUCACGAAAUAUGCUUCUGCACAGCAGCAAACUCAAUAAGCUACUUAAGGGGGCAGGAGCAGCGGGAAGCGGAGGAGAACGCUCUGGUUCGGAAUCACCAGUAAGGGCUGGAGGAGCUACUCCUUUGACUACGACAAGUACAAUCACAAACAAUAGUUUUAGUAGUAAUAGUUUAAAUAAUACAAUAACCACGGCGACUCCAACAAUGCCCACGAUAGCUUCUGGAGCAGCAGGAUCGAUGGGGUUAGGAUCGGGAGCAGAAGCGGGAGUUUGUUCCAAUUCCGGUACAGCCAGCGGUGACAUUCUAAAUGUGGCCGCUGUUUUGGCCGCCGCCGUGGACAAUGGGGUGCCAACGCAUCCGAUCCGGACACGACAUAACCUGCACGGACGCAGCACCACCUCCUCCAGUCGCUCGCACUCGCGCUCACCGAGUAGCUACAGCAGUUCGCACAGCUCCUCCUCCUCAUCGCACUCCUCAUCCCACUCGCACGCGUCCAGUCCCGUCCAGUCUUCGGGCAAUUGUGCGAUGGCAGAGGGGCGCAGCAGUCGCACCGUUAAUUCUGUCGCAGUAACCAGCAACUCUUCAAAUCCCAGUGGCACAGCUGGCACCGUCAGCAGUGCAGGCGUCGGAGGGGGAUGUGGGUCUAGUUCAUCUUCAAGCAGUAGCUCUAGUUCCAGCGGAUCCUCCUGUCUGACGGCCAAUCCCGUCGUGCAUUCCGAAGACAACCGGCCGCUGGCAAUACGAGUCCGCAACCUGCCCGCCCGUUCCUCGGACACAUCCCUCAAGGAUGGUCUAUUUCAUGAGUACAAAAAGCACGGCAAGGUUACGUGGGUUAAGGUUGUGGGACAAAAUUCUGAACGCUAUGCUUUGGUUUGCUUUAAGAAGCCGGAUGACGUUGAAAAAGCGUUGGAGGUCUCUCAUGACAAACACUUUUUCGGCUGCAAAAUUGAAGUCGAACCGUACCAGGGUUAUGAUGUCGAGGACAACGAGUUUCGACCCUACGAAGCCGAGCUGGAUGAGUAUCAUCCCAAGUCGACAAGGACACUCUUUAUCGGGAACCUUGAGAAGGACAUUACAGCCGGCGAACUGCGUGGUCAUUUUGAGGCAUUUGGCGAGAUUAUUGAGAUCGAUAUCAAGAAGCAGGGCCUGAAUGCCUAUGCCUUCUGUCAGUAUUCAGACAUUGUCUCGGUGGUAAAGGCAAUGCGCAAAAUGGACGGUGAGCACUUGGGCAGCAACCGGAUAAAGUUGGGCUUUGGAAAAUCCAUGCCCACCAAUUGCGUCUGGAUCGAUGGUGUGGGCGAAAAAGUCCCCGAGUCGUUUCUUCAGUCGCAGUUUACACGGUUUGGUACAGUUACUAAAGUGAGCAUCGACAGAAGCAAGCAGUUAGCUUUGGUUUUGUAUGACCAAGUACAAAACGCCCAAGCCGCGGUAAAGGAUAUGCGUGGAACGAUCUUACGGGGAAGAAAGCUUCAAGUGGAUUUUGCAUCUAGAGAGUGCCAGGACGCAUUUUACGAUAAACAAGAGAAACAGCAACAACAAAGUUCGGGUUCUAACUCGCGCUUUAGUCGCUAUGAGUCAAGCGCCUCUUCCCUGCAAUCUCGAUCUCGUGCAUCUUCCUUUAGCCGCCAUCAAAACAACUCUAACGAUGACUGCUCUCCCAUCAACACGCCAGGAGGAGGAAGCAGUGGAAUCUCCAGCGCGAGCAAUUUAAUUAACCAAAGCACCAGCAUCAUUAUUUCAAACAUUGGUACUAAUGCCUGCAGUGCGAUGCCAGCUCCCAGCUUGGCGUCCGCUAUAGUCAGCUCUAAUGUCAGCUCCUCCGGAACAGUACCAGCGAGCACAUCCAUGCCCCCAGGGGUUAGCUCCUCUUCAAGUUCAUUGCCUAUGUCUCCGGCCGCUCUGGCCCAAAGACAUCGAAUGGUUCGUAACGCGCGUCAAACCGUCGACUGUGACUUCAAUGAAGUUGGUCGCCUCCGGUUUCGUAGCUCCGAGGAGAUUUCUGGAGGUGCAGGAAAUUCCACGCAGUUUGAAGAUGUCCGCUGCGAUUCUCCAAUUACCGCUCGACAAGGUACCGCUGUAAAUUGUUUUGCUGGACCUACAGCAGCAGUCGGAGAAUCCAUUGAUGGAACGUUAAACAACAAUCAAAUUACGGGUGGAGCUGAAGGCUUUACUGGAUCCGGAGGCAGCAUUCUCAGCAGGAGACGUUGCGGUAAGACACCUAAAGACUUGCACCCAGUGCACAAUCAACGUUUCCAAUUGGCAGAACAAGUUGAGGAAUGCCCGUCCAGUGGUGAUGAAGGCGUGGUCAGUCCCCGAAAGCGCAUCAAAAUGGAUUACCAUCAUCACCACCAUCAUUCCAAUGCUAGCGGGGUGGAGUCCACUGGCGAGCACAGCAGCAUCAAUAAACCAAGCCCUCUUUUACUGUCCAACUGUGAUGUGAUACACGAUCCCCUAAACCGCAAAAGCGAGAUUCGAAGGGUAUCCGAGACCCCAAGUGGUUCACCAAGCAUUAAGUUCCCUGGCCACCUGCCCUCGGCUCCCCAAUCCCUGAUGCUUAGUUGCCGUCGCCCGUCCAUCGAUGUGGGAGCUUUGUCGGCGCUCUCUAGUUCCUCGGCUUUCCGGCACGGAAUCGUGGGAGCCAGCAGCAUGGAUCAACAGCACAUGAUGAAUGCUUCGGCGGCAGCAAAGAGAAGGCGAGUGACCACUACUAUGCAACAACCCAGCUCAUCCUCAACCACUAAUAGUUCUAGUGGAUCUGGUUUGGGUGGGUUAAGUAGUUUAACUCCGGCGGAUGACUAUCAUCAUCAUGUCUCCAGAGGCAGGGGACAUCAACUACAUUCCCAUCACUCACACGAGGCCAGCGGUGGCGAAAGUGCGGAUGGAUCUCGCCCUGGUACGCCGCUGUGUGAUGAGCGACCUGAAGUUCUGCCCACAGAGCCACGUCGAUUGCCUCCGCCCAGAGAAAGAGUUCGGGAAAGAAACAGGGAUGUGAUGUGGCUCCCCCUUCCAAAGUUUGGAGUACUUUUCUUCCAACAACAGCAGUCCAGAAGCAGUGGAGGAGGAGCAGGAAAUAGCUAUCUGCAGCAGCAACUGGGAGGAGGAUCUUCCGGAGGGUUGGGGGGCGUAGGAGCUGCUUCCUCCUCGGCAUGCUCCCUUAACAACUCUAGUCUUAACGCCAGUCAGGGAAUGGGCUCCUGUUCUGGAUCCACAUUCCUGCCCAGCCCAUCCUCUCGAUAUUGGCGUUCCUCUUCACACCACCAAAACCAACAACAUAAUCACCAACAACAGUCGCAGCAAUUGCACGGAUCCUCAUCUUCUAACACUUGCUUGAUGGCUAGUCCAGCACGUCCACGAUCAUUGAGUUCCAACUCCAGCGACUCGGAUGUACCUGGCCAAAAUGCCGGAGGGAGUCCUUCACUGGAUGAAAGACUGCGCAACUUUGAGGAAAACUAUGAACGAUGGUCUGGGGGAAGCAGUAGAGAACAUAUUUCCGGUCAUACGCCCUCGAGUGCCACGCCUUCAUGGCAACUCUCUAUGCACAUGAAUUUGAGUACUGGUCUAAAUUCUCAUCAGACAAGCUCGGCAUCCGGAAAUAGCAACAGUUCCAGCGGAACAGUAUCCAGUUCAGCGAGCAAUUCACGGCACAAGUUUUUGGAUAUUGAUGAGCUGCAGCCCUCGGACAUUGUCAAAUCUGUGCUAGCCAAGAAAAGCGUUUUUGAUGACGAUUUUCAACGGCUAAAUAAAAACCAAUGGUACGACCCAUCCAGCUCUGAUUUCGCAUUGGGAUCGAGUUCCAAUAUCGUUGCUGGAUCUUCACUGGUCGCUAAUGUGUCCCGACAUCCUGGAGGGCCAUGUAGUGGAAACACCUCACCUGCUUUGCCUAAUCUCGCGGCGACCAAGACUACUCCAAUUAUUGGAAACUGCAGUGGUGGAUUGGGUAACUCGACAAGUAGCAAAUCUGCGGGAUUGCUUCAAAGACUAAGUAGUUUAUCACCCAUGAACUCUCCUCAAGCUUCGAUGUCGCCCUACAACAGCCCAUCACCCUCGCCUUCGGUGGGAGGAGUUACCACCGCAAGCCUGGGACAACUUACCAAACCUGCAGCACCAGGAACCGCAAGUGCAGCACUAAGUGGGGGAACUGCUGCCUCCUCAUCCUCACCAGCUGCGAACUCGGGACCCACAAAAGGAUUGCAGUAUCCGUUUCCCAGUCACCCGCCUUUACCGAACACCGCUGCGCCUCCUCCAGCUGUACAGCCUGCUCCUCCACCUCUUCCAGAAAUGGGAAAACAAUCUAGAUUAACUGGCCAGAGCUCUGGAAAUAAUCUAACGAAGAGCUUAAGCGUGCCAGAUGGUCCUCAGUCUUCGCCAGCGAGAGUUCAGCUUCAGAAAUCUGCUUCAGUGCCAGGUAGUACAAACGUAGGCGCCACAACUAACUUUUCCUUGGAAUCAGCAACAGCUUCUGUGGAUACAUCUGCAUCUAUUUCAUCAUCAACGUCCAACGGUAACAGUUCCUUAGCCUCAGCAGCGAUUCACGUACAAAAGCCGCAACAGCCGACCUUUGUUGAGGAAGAGCAUACAAAAAAAAGUGGCACCUCCACAUCCCAAUCCUCGAGUUCCAGCUCUAAAAAGAUCAGCAGCACCCACGAAAAAUUGCACAGCAAGCACAACAAUAGAUCGGAAAGCGACAAGAAAAUCAAGAAGUCUGACAAAAAUGCAUCGUCCUCUGACAAGCGAAAGAACUCGUCUACCUCCCAGUCCUCUAAGUCAGCUACUCCCCGCAUUGAAGACGACUCCAGCGAGGCCGAUGAUACGGCGGACAAAGCUGAAAAGAACCAGCGCCACGAGAGAGAGAAGAAGGAGCGUCAGGAAAAAGAAAAGCGAGAGAAGGAACUCCGUAAGCAGGUUGAACGGGAGGAAAGGGAGCGUAAGGCUCAGCAAGAGGAAAGAGAAAAAGAAGACCGAAAAGCUAAAGAAGAGGAAAAAGAAAGAGAACGGGAGAAGAAGACCCAAGAGGAUCGUGAAAAAAAGGAAAGAGAAGAGCGAGAGCUUAGAGAAAAGGAGCAGCGUGAUAAGGAACAAAAAGAAAAGGAAAUCCGCGAAAAAGAUCUGCGCGAAAAAGAACAAAGAGAGAGAGACAACAGGGAGAAGGAGCUGCGUGAUAAAGACUUGAGGGAAAAGGAAAUCCGUGAGAAGGAGCAAAGGGAAAAGGAACUUCACCGCGAAAAGGAUCAACGCGAAAGAGAGCAUCGAGAGAAGGAACAAUCUCGCCGAGCUAUGGAUGUUGAGCAAGAAGGUCGUGGGGGAAGGAUGCGUGAGCUAUCUUCAUACCAAAAAAGCAAAAUGGAUAUUGCUGGCGAGACUAGUAGUCUCACCGCAAGCGACUGUCAGCACAACAAGGAAAAUGCCAUGGACACCCUUGCUCAAGGAACUCCUGGUGCAUCCCCAUCAACUCCUUCAGACAACACCCCAAAGGAUCGCUCGAGAAAGUUGUCUAGAAAUUCCCCAGUGCGCCUGCAUAAGCGACGACUUAGCUCGCAGGAAAGCAAUCACAGUACUGGAGGUGGUGGAGCAUGCGGCGGAUCGAGUCAUCAAAUUCAUCAUGAGGAUUACGUAAAGCGCAUAAGAAUAGAGAACUCUCAGAACAUCUCAGUUCACAGCAGUAAUCAAAGAUUAAAUGAUCGCCGGGACUCCAAGGAACACAAAAGCAGUAGUUUCAAAGAAGAUAAAAAUAGUAGUUCACACAUUUCAAGGCCCCACGGUUGUGGAGGAAGUUCCGCCUCGUCCUCAAAACAUCACCAUCGUCGAGAUAAACAUCAUCAAAAGGGCAGUGCCAGCUCAAUAGAAACCAACUCCUCCAUUGAAGUGGUGGUAGAUCCCAUUUCCCAAACCAAGCACAACUUAAACACAAGUGAGGAGGAGCAACAGUCUCAUCAACCCAAAAGAGAAAAGGAGAGGGAGCACUUUAGUAGUCAUGCGAAUAGUUCAUCUUCUAGACAUAAGAGUAAGCGAGAUCAUCAUCACCAUCGGGAAAAAAAGCGGCAUUCGGUGGCAGAAUCCACGAAUACAGAUGAAGAGCAUACACCACAGCAGCAUAAUCCUCACAGGAGAAUCUCUGCUGCGGGAAGUGGGUCUGCUGGAGAGCUCAGCUCAGCAGCCACUAAUACUUCGAGCGGAAAACUCCAUCAUCAACACCACAGGAGGAGUGUGGAGCGGAAGUCAUCACGGGGAUCUGAUGAAGGGCAUCAUUCUUCAUCUAAAUCACUUCGCGCCAAACUGAUGAUGUUGAGCUCCGCAGACUCUGACGACACAGAUGACGCCUCCAAGAAGCACUCCAUUUUCGAUAUCCCGGAUGAUUGUCCAAAUGUAUCUAUGUACGACAAAGUAAAAGCCAGGAGCUGCAAGAAUAUGCAACGCCAGGCGGAGGAAAAAAAGAUUAAGGCGAAGUUCUCGCAGCUAAAGCAAUCUCGCGCCAAAAAGAAGCGCUCUACUAGCUAUGAUGGAGACUCGGACACUGAGUUCGAGGAUCGACAACAUCGAAAUAGUGGUAGUAGCAGUUUCCAUGGUCGUUAUCCUGGACUGUCUAGCAGCGAUGAUGAUGACGAUGAGGAGACCCACCAACGGCGAAUUUCCUCCGAUUCGGAUGCAGAGCACGGAGAUCAGCAUCAACAGGAAGCAAGCACCCUAGCUGAUGCUAACCGAGUACGUCAGAUGCAACAGAAUUUAAGAAGACUUUGCGAUGGUGAUGACAGCUCCGAAGAUGAAAUAAGAAGAAAUGUGAUGAAGCAUAGUCAUUUUGGAAAAAGAAACUCCAACUCCACCAGGAUUGCAUCUGAUUCUGAGUCUCAAUCCCAGCCGGUUCCUGAUUUGACUAUUAAGCAAGAGCAUCCUACAGCUCCUGCUCAGGAAAUCAAGCGGGAACAGCUUUCCGACGAGGAACAGAAGUUCAAGUCUCGACAUGAUUCAAAUUCCUCAAUAGAGGAGAGGAAACUGAAGACGGAACGUGAAAUAAAGACAGAGCUUGGAGAUUUCUAUAAUUCUUCUGCAUACACCUAUACUGGAAAGCUUAAAGAGUACUCUCCAGAAACUCGCAAAAAACAUAAAAAGAGCAAGCGACGUUUAAAAUCCUCUUCCACAGCGGAUACUUCGGCAACUCAAACUCCUUUGGUGAUGGCCCCGUUAACACCCUCCAUAUUUGAUGUCCAUUCAUCCUCCGAGUGCAAGACGAAGUUCGAUAAUUUUGAUGAUCUAAAAACUGAGUGUGCUUCCCUACCGUUAGAGAUUUCAGCCGGCGAAAGGAGAAAGCACAAGGAAAGGAAGGAGAAGAAACGUGAGAAGCUUAGGAAUAUGACGGAAUCCACUGUUCCCAAUUCGCCUACCACCAAUGAUACAAGUUCCGAAAAAUUAACGAAAGAAGAGCGGCAUCGACUAAAAAAGUCAAAGAAAUCGAAGAGCAUGGAUAGUUCCUCCACUACCAAAAUAUACAACUCAGGUGGAGCCCAUCCUACUAGCUCACCUUCUUUGCCUGCCACUCCAACGUCAGCGCCUUUGACGGCCCAAACUUCAAAAAGAGGAGAGGAUAAAAUGGAGUUUAUUUUUGGCAUUAUUUCCGAUGAAGAAGAAUCGCAGUUUCCCGAGCAAGCGGAAACUAAUAAAGACAGUAUACCUAGUUCCGUGUCUACUACUGGUCCAAUUGUCUCAGCUGCUUUGCAAACGUACAAACAAGAACCUUCCACAUCUAACAGCAAAAAUGAGGAAGCACAUAUUCAAUUACCUGUACAUGAGCCUGAGCAGCAACAGCAGCUGGAGAGAAGUCGCCUCUCGGGAGGCAGCAGCUCAUCUUCUCAUGCUGAUAGGGAAAGACACCGGAGAGAGAAGCGCGAGAAAAAGAGACGCGAAAAAUCUCAACGAGAACAGCAAAAUCAAAUUCACCAGAAAUCUUCCAAAGUUGAAACUAAGGUGGAUGAUGAUAACAGCGUGGAUAUGGAUGAAGCAGGGAGGGCUCUAGAGGCUCAACUAAUGAAUGACUUUGAUACCAAGCCGAUUUCAGAAGAAGCCACUCCUUCAACGGCCGCCACAUAUAGAUCGGAUAUGGCAGAUGUAUUCCGAUUCUCUGAUAACGAAGACAACAACUCAGUGGAGAUGACUAAACAGGGUGUCAAAUCGGAGCAGCAGGACCAGCAUAAAAGUAAAGACAAGAAGAAAAAGAAGAAGCGGUCUAGGGAGGAAAAGCAAGAAAAGUUGUUGCAACAACAGCGAAGGGAAUCCCUGCCAAAUGUGACUCCCACUUCAUCCGCACCUCCUACUCCUGGAAAGCUUACUGUCAACGUUCAAGCUGCUAGCAAGCAUGCAGACCUGCAAUUGGACGCCAAGCAUAUCUCUUCGCCACCCGUCUGUAAGCCAUCUCCUAGCUUACCAUGUCUUAUAGGCGACGACGACGAUGAUGCGUUGCACACCCCAAAAGCGAAACCAACAACGCCCUCAAGUCGUGGAAACGAUGGUCUCACUCCCUCGCGUGAAAAACCCCGCCUAAUUAGUCCGAUACCCAAAACUCCAACCAUAGCCAACAGUUCCAUGCUAUCCACUCAGUCUGCAGAAACACCUGUAAGCAGUGGUACAGUGAGUUCCUCUUCUGCUUUGGCUACCACUCCUACAUCAUCGACAGCAGCGGGAGUCAGUGCAGCAGGGGCUGCAGUCCCCGGAUUAGAUAAUUCGCCUACCAGUGCUUCUGCUCAAUGCAAGAAGAAGGAAAGCUUCAUUCCCGGUUUCGAUGGUCAGCUUGACGAUAGGAUUAGUGAAUCGGCCGUGCAAUCUAUUUCAGCAGAAUUUAAUUCAACAUCUUUACUAGAUGAGCCAAAAAUUCCGGUAGCAUCCCCUCCACGUGCGACUAAACCGUUGGAUAAGUUAGAGGAAAGCAAGUCCCGCGUGACUAUCUCUCAGGAGGAGACUGAGAGUGCCGUAUCCGCACUGUUGGGGGAAAGUUUUGGCACUUCCUCUACGACGGACUACUCCCUCGAUGGCAUGGAUGAAAUGAGCUCUGUAAAUGAAUUGGAAACACCAACUUUAGUCAUAGCAGAACCGGAUGAAGAGGCAGCUUUAGCUGCAAAAGCGAUUGAAACAGCCGGAGAGCCUGCGUCCAUUCUGGAGGAACCAGAAAUGGAACCCGAAAGAGAGGCUGAACCAGACCCCGAUCCUGAGGGAGAAAUUGAAUCAGAACGUGUCGUUGAGGUGUUGGAUCCGGAAGAACUCAACAAGGCGGUGCAAAGUUUAAAGCACGAAGAUAUGAUGGACAUUAAGGCUGAUACUCCGCAGUCAGAAAGGGAUCUGCAGAUUGAUACGGACACCGAAGAGAACCCAGACGAAGCGGAUAGUAGUGGGCCUAGUCUCAAGAUUGAUGAAACUGUGCAGAGCUCAUCGUCGCCGGAGAAAUCAAUUAGCAAUAACAGUCCUACUCCCAGAGGAACCGCAAAUAUAGACGUACCUAACGUAGAGUCUCAGCCGAAGCACAGCAAGGAGUCCACACCGCAACCUUCUGUGAUCACUAAGUUGCCAUUUUUGGAUACGCCAAAAACAGUACCCGCAGGCCUAUCCUCUUCUCCUGUUAAGAUUGAACCACCAACUAUCAGUAAACUCCAACAGCCUUUGGUGCAACCUGUGCAGACCGUCCUGCCUGCACCGCACUCAACGGGUAGCGGCAUAAAUGCAAAUUCCGUGAUCAACCUGGAUCUGUCCAACGUGAUGAGCAGUUGUUCUAAUACGAGCACCGCAUCUACCACAGCUUCAGUGUCUGCAUCAAUAUCCUUUGGAAGUCCAACUGCAAGUCAGAAUGCCAUGCCGCAGGCUUCAACUCCCAAGCAGGGUCCGAUUACACCUCAGCCAGCAAUGCGGACGCAAUCCUUGAUAAUGCAACCGCCAACGAUAUCUAUACCAGAACAAACACCUCACUUUGUGGUCCCCCAAAUGGUGUUGUCUCCUCAGUCACAUCAUCCUCAACAACCUGGAACUUAUAUGGUUGGCAUUCGGGCCCCAUCCCCACACAGUCCGCUUCAUUCACCAGGUCGUGGUGUAGCCCAAAGUCGGCUGGUGGGUCAACUGAGUCCUGUUGGGCGUCCUAUGGUAAGCCAACCAUCACCCCAGCAACAGGUUCAGCAUACACAGCAGCAACAUGCGCUAAUAACCAGCCCUCAAAGUAGCAACAUUAGUCCAUUGGCAAGUCCCACGACUCGAGUGUUGUCCAGCAGCAAUUCGCCUACCACCAGCAAAGUAAACAGUUACCAACCCAGAAACCAGCAGGUACCACAGCAAGCCUCGCCGAAAUCUGUGCCUGAGGUGCAGACGACACCGCAGUUAAUGACUAUUCCGCUACAAAAGAUGACACCGAUACAGGUUCCACAUCAUCCGACGAUCAUAAGUAAAGUGGUUACCGUACAGCCACAACAGGCAACCCAAUCGCAGGUGGCUAGCUCGCCACCCUUGGGCAGCCUUCCGCCGCAUAAGAACGUGCAUGUAAAUGCCCAUCAGAAUCUGCAGCAGCCACAGGUGAUAGCCAAGAUGACUACACAUCAGCACCAGCAGCACAUGCAGCAGUUCAUGCAUCAGCAAAUGAUACAACGACAGCAACACAUGCAGCAGCAACAACUUCACGGUCAGUCGCAACAAUUAACAUCAGCCCCGCAACAGCAAAUGCAUCAGCAACAUCAAGCUCAGCAGCACCAACAAGCGCAGCAGCAGCAACAUCACAACCAGCAACAUUUGAAUCAGCAACUUCAUGCCCAACAACAUCCGACUCAGAAACAACAUCAAGCUCAGCAGCAGUUUAAUCAACAGAUUCAGCAACACCAAUCCCAACAGCAACAGCAGGUCCAGCAACAAAAUCAGGCACAACAACACCUAUCCCAACAGCAACAUCAAUCGCAGCAGCAGUUGAACCAACAGCAUCAGGCUCAGCAACAGCAACUGCAGCAAAUACAAAAGCUGCAGCAAAUUCAUGGACCCCAGCAACAGCAAAAGUCGCCUCAAGGAGUCGGCCAUUUGGGAGGUCCUCCGUCGAUUUUUGCAUCUCAACAACAUAAUUCCCAGCUUCCAGCGCGAAGUGUGCCUCAGCAGCAUCAUCCUCAACAAUUGCCCCACAGUUCACCUUGCAAACCCAAUACUUUGGUUUCUGUUAAUCAGGGUGCCCAGCCUCCCGCCAUGUUAACACGAGUUGGAUCUCAUUCGCAGCCAAACCAACAGCAACAAUUGCCACACCAGCAAUCGUCGUCUGGUCAUCCACAUCAGAAGCAGCUGUCGUCGCCAGGAGCAAAUCUACCCCUUCAAACGCCUCUCAAUGUGAUACAAAAUACACCGAAAUUAAUUGUCCAACAACACAUUGUUGCACAAAAUCAAGUUCCACCACCACAAGCCCAAGGUAAUGCCAUACACUAUCCUCAAAACCAGGGGAAGGAUAGCACUCCACCUGGUCAAGUAGAACCAACACAACCUAUGUCAGCCCUGAAAACAUCGGAAAGUGUUUCGGUGAUUCGCACACCCACUCCUACAACAGGUUUGGCGGUAAUCUCGGCGAAUACGGCUGCCUCUCUUUUAACGGAGGAGAAUCUAAUUAAGAUUUCGCAGCCCAAGCAAGAUGAGUUGAUCGAACAGGACUCCAAGGAAGUUGACAGCGAUUACUGGUCAGCUAAGGAGGUAAAUAUAGACAGUGUCAUUAAGAAAUUAGACACUCCAUUGGCUAGUAAGGAUGGAAAGCGAACAGCGGAAAUGCAGGCAAUUGGACCGGCUCCUAUUCCGAAUCCGCAGCCUGGGAAUCAUUCUAUGGCCCAAGAGACUGCUCUUCCAACUACUUCUAUCAGUGUGAACAGCUCAAACGAUCAUGAUACAGAGGACGAAACUGAGACCAGGCAGUUGCCGCCUGCAAAGCCACCUAUACCCACUGUUGGGAGACCUCCAGGAAGGGGAGGCAGUGCUAAGAGGGGACGCCAGCCGAGAGGAGCGAAGAAAGUGGGAGGAUUCCCCCUUAACUCGGUAACAGUUGCGCCGCCUGGAGUGGAUUCAUUGGUAGUGCAACCGGGUGACAAUGGGGUUCAAACCAGGCUAAGAAAACCUGUAACAGCUCCUGUAACCAGAGGCAGGAAAGGACGUCCUCCAAGGAAUCUACUACUACAGCAACAGCAACUUCAGCAGCAGCAGCUCGAUAUUCAGCGAAAGGGAUUGGAAAUGGUCACGUCGGCUACAUCUUCGACUCCACUGCCAACUCCUAUUCCUACCAGCUCUGUGUUGACAGCUGCAGAGAAAAAGGCGAGGAAUCAAGCCCUGACUCAGGCUCAAGAACAAAACCAAGUCGCAAGUCAAGUAGGAACUGGUCAAGAUAUCUACGAGUUCCAUGAAGACGGUGGUGAAGAGCACAAGCCCAAGACAAUCUCAUCUGUUGCCCCCAUUGCUGAGGACCAACGACCACGACUUAUCCUUACCAUUAAUAAAACGCAACCCUCGAUUAAGAAUAUUAGUGAAAUGGAGCAAACAAUUCAGCAACAACAACAGCAGCAGUCGGAGGUUUCAUCAAAUAUUGAUCCAAUCGGAGGAGACAACUCCGAGUCUUGUAACACACGCAAAUCUCGCCGUCUACAAGAAAAGGAGGAUCGCAGCACAGUAGACGAUAUAAUUGAAGAUGUGGUGCGAAAUACCAACACGCCAACUGGAACAGGACCACAUUUGCCGAAAGGUGCACAAACUCCACCACGACGUUCUGGCAGGAAUGCUCAAGCCAAAAAGACGGAUGCGGUACAGAUCAUUAAUGCAGUGGGUCGUCCAAGGCGUUCCAAGGACAGAAAAACAAUCGGUGAACAAACAGCAAACUUGAUUGAAGAAGUUACUGCGUCUAAUGCAACUGUUGGCGCCAGUCAUUUGGCACCACCAGAAGGAGCUGGUGUGGAGUCGCAUGUGCCCCAAUUAGAUGCUAAAGAAGUGGAACCGGUAACAGUUGUGGCACCAAUUUCUACACCAGCGCCUGUUAGUGUAGCUGUCCCGGUUACCGUUCCUGUGCCAGCCAUGGUCCCCGUCAAACCUACAAUGCCUCAACAUCCCAAGAAAAAAGCCAUUGCGGCAGCAGAGAUAGAAUCUUACCAGGCCAUCAACUCAUCCAUUCCGAGCGGGGGGCUUCCGAUGCAUCAGACAGCGGCUCCUGCUACUCAAAAGAUAACCGGUGGGGUUGCGGAUGCGGUCAGCAAGGCUCUAGUUGAUCCCGUUACUGGAGUCAUCACCGCUGGAAUGCCCCAGGGCAAAGAGGGUAAUCUUCCAGCAGCUACCGCUGCUGCACCUGCCAACAGCAGCAAUGAAGACGGUCAAGCAGGUCCUACCCCGCAGCUACAGCAGCAGCAGCAGCAACAUCCGCAGCAACCACCACAACAACAAGCUAACUUACAGAUAAAUACUACUCUGAUUCCGUCUGGAGUUCCAAAUCCUAUUACAGCCUUAGGAAAAUCGGUACAACUUGAGACCUCGGCAGCCGCUUUGUUGAACAAACCUGUAAGUGUUCUGGUGAAAGGAAACGCCUCGCAGGUUAUUCAGCAGCAACAACCGCAAAUUGUGGCUCAACCAAAACAACCCAUCAUCCUACAGCAGAAUCCCCUGCCCACUGUGCUGCAGCAUGCGCAGCAUAGCACUGUUAGGCCACCUCAACCACUUAAAGCUCACGUCCUGAAUAGAGAAAAGAAUAUCCAGCAGCAAUUGACGCCCACAAAGCAAGCAGUAGGUCAACCACCACAGCACGCACCGCAUUCCGGUCACAUGUUGCUCACGGAUACUGCAGGAAAUCAACAACUAGUACAGCCCCAGAUCAUUGCACGUCACCUGCAACAGCAACAACAUCUUCAGGUCAACGUGCCGCCACCAGCAGCACACUCUCCGCACUCUCCAAGAAUUCCUAGCCAGCAGCAACAAUUGGGCCCAGGAUCUGCUAUAAGUCCACAGCAGCAGCAGCCGCAAACGGUGGUGAUCAAGCAAGCGGCAUCAGCAGCCCCGCCGCAAAUAUUGCAUGUGGUCAGCUCAAAGGCGUCGGUGGUGCCUCAGCCGCAACAACAGCAGCUUCCACCAACUUCAUCAACAGGCCCUCACCUGCAGUUGACUAAACCGAACUAUAGCUAUGCACCCACUGUUUUGACACCAACUUUGCCAGCCGUUCAGCAGCAGCAACAACAGCAUUUGUAUAAGCAAAACAAUCAGCAAAAGGGAGCUCAGGUACAAAUGCCUCCUCAUGGAAUAAUUAUGCCUAAUCAUCCUGGCAUGCUACUGCAACAGAAACUACCAGCACAUCUGCAGCCUCAGCAGCAUCAACUGAACCCUUCACCGCCGCCUGGAAAGCCAAAUCCCGUACUGCACGGACUGCAGUCUGGACAGAUUAUUCCAGGAAGUGUGGGCAGUCCACCACCGGUAUCAGCUGCAGUCUUGAAAUCAGCUCAGCAGCAGGUCAAUUCAGUGGUACCAGUAGCUGGUAUACGCACAGCCAUCCCAAACAUAAGCCCGCAGAGCCAGCCGAGAGUAUCUCCAUUAGUUUUACCACCCGGCAUUUCUGGAGUACCACCUUUUGACGCCAGUCUGCAUGACCUGGGUGCUUAUGUCAGUGGACGGCGAACCCAGAGUCCGCCUCCAGCUCAUCAGCAGGCUUCGCCCAUAACACCGAACGAUUCUACGUAUCGAGGAGUGACUGCAUCCAGGGAUUUUAUGCUCUACCAGCAUCAUUUAAUGCGAGGUGGCGACUACGAUGACAAGAUGGGCAGCAGUCCGCCGCUAGAGUUACGACGCCCCGGUAGUGGACCUCCAAGGACCAUCGCAGUUCCACACAGUUUGCAGAGUCCUCAGGAUCGCACUGCAGCUGACUCUCCCCAAAUGGCUCAGGUUUACGUACACAAUACCCGCAUUCCUCCGGCCCAUUUCAGCGAGAUUGCAUCAAGGGGCUUGUACGAGAGUGGUGCCUUACAACUGGAACCACCGCCGGCCCAUCGCCCAACUGCAACCAUUAGUGUGGUGGUGCCACAACAAAUGCCUGCAGUUUCCUCUGGAAGUCCGUUUAUCGGUCGUGAUGGGAGCGUGCAGCCAGGAAGCCACCAUCAUCCAGGCAAGGGAAUGGAUAUGCAGUUGGAUGAGAUGGACCGCAUGUCUAUGAUUGCAGCUGUCGUUAAACAACAGCAGGAACAUCUGCCACCUGCUUUGCCUGCAGGCAUGGAAUUGGCCGCCCAGCAAGCACCACCAGCGAUGGCACCGCCCCCAGGUGAUUCGCUGGUUACUCUGCUGCAGCGAUAUCCGGUAAUGUGGCAGGGCUUACUGGCCCUUAAAACAGAUCAGGCCGCUGUCCAAAUGCACUUUGUGCACGGAAACCCUAAUGUGGCAAGAGCGUCGCUUCCCAGUUUGGUAGAGACUAAUACACCGUUGCUGAGGAUUGCGCAAAGAAUGCGACUAGAGCAGACACAACUGGAGGGAGUAGCCAAGAAGAUGCAAGUUGACAAGGAACAUUGCAUGCUGUUGGCUUUGCCAUGCGGAAGAGAUCACGCCGAUGUACUACAGCAUUCAAGGAACCUCCAGACCGGUUUCAUUACCUAUUUGCAACAGAAAAUGGCAGCCGGCAUCGUGAACAUACCCAUUCCAGGAAGUGAGCAAGCGGCCUACGUGGUACACAUAUUUCCGUCAUGCGAUUUUGCUAAUGAAAACCUAGAGCGCGCCGCUCCGGAUCUUAAGAAUCGCGUAGCCGAGCUGGCACACCUCCUGAUUGUCAUCGCCACUGUCUAAACCACUGAUAAAUACCAAACCCACGGACUUGGAACGAUAAUAUAUACCCAGAUGUUAAACUUCACUGGCUUAUACAACAACAUGAGAGGAACCAGAUAAAGAAACCAACAAAAACAUGUUACGCUCUUCUAGUAUUUUAAGUAAUUUUAAAUAGCGAUUAAACAAGCAAAAGUUUAAAAAAAAGCAAAAGAAAACGAAACAAAACAAAAAAAACGUAAACAAGCUGAAACAUGCAAACUAAAGUUUGAAUAAAUAAAUGCAAGAAUGCAAAAGUACAUUGAGGCCAAGAUCACAUAAAAGUGUAAAGAGAUCCGCAAGAGACUCAAACAAAACGAAAGAAAACCCUUUAAAUUCCGACACUUUGAAAGCAAAACAUUUGUCUAAAUUAAUUAUAUAACUCUCCGUAAUUAAAAACCUUUAAGAAAAAGCUUGCAAAGUAUCGUUAAGUUUGAUCUCAAGAAAUAAUGUUUUAUUUUUGCUUAUUUAAAAAAAAGGAAACAAACACAAAACCCUACACAUACAAAUUGAAUUGAAACAAAUGUUACAGAAAGCUUACAACAUAUUAACUGUUUACUGUACUAUGCAUACUACUACCCGCACAUAAUAUUAAUAUUCGAUCCUAAUCCUAACACGAUUAAGUUUUUAUUGGUGAAUAACUUUCGACUAAUUCGAUAGAAACGUAACUACACCACGUUAUACAAAGUUUCCGCCUUUGAACAAAAGACCAUUUUUUGACAGAUCGGUUCCUUGGCUCUAUGGAAUGCCUGCAUAUAAAACUAGUAUACGGGGCCUAGCAUAGACCCAAAGAACUUUAGAUGAGUCCGGACUUUCGCCCACGCUGUUAAGCACAAUUAGGUUUAAAGAUGCGCCCAGAGGCUUUUCCUACGAUAACAUACACACCCAUACAUUAUACUACGAUUAUUUAUCUAGACGCGUAUUUAAUUAUAAUUAAUAAGUUAAGCUCAUUAUUUUAAAGCUCCGACACGUUUCACUUCGUGUUUAUUUCACUCUGCACCAGAGUUCUAUUCUAGUAAAAGAUCCGAUAGUUUUUCGAUUUGACGAUGUAGGUCUUUUGUUUGCAAAAGACGGCAAAUUUUUGUUUUUAUUUACAUUUUUUAACACUUUCACCACUGCCACAAACCUAACUACAACGCCCUGGUCUAAAUCUAAAUGUAGGUGUUCCGAUCUCCCAUUUCCCACUUUUUAGUUUUUGUGAGCGAAACUUUGUACAAUGUUGGGUAGUUUCAGGAUCCUCCAUUAUGUUUAUACCAUAAUUCUGACACCCCACAAAAAACCAACACGUAAACAUACCACUCACAAAAUAAUACAAAAAUCUAUAUGCUACCCUCUCUGAACACUCCCUAAACUUAAACGUAAGUUUUUACACGACUUGUAAAUUAUGUAACCGGAAUAAUAUAAAAAGCAAAACACACGAGUGAAAAAAAAAACAAAAAAUAAAAAAUACAUCUGUAACAUAUUUAAAUUAUUUAGGCUCUAACAAGUAAAAAAUGUAAAUACAGUUUAAUUAGUGUUUAGCGUGUAUUUAGUUGUAUGUUUUAAAACUAAACUAAAAAGAAAUCUGUACAUUAUAUAACAUAAUUAACGAUACAAGAACACGAGAGAUCAGAUCUAUAAAUGGUCACCCAGAAACAGAUAAACAAAAGAAGUUUAAAAGUGAAUAAUUCAGAAAAUAAAAGGAACACGUUUUCAAGAAGAAGCAUAGGAAGCGCUGUUAAACAAAUGUUAAUGUAUAAGUUGUAUGAUUUAAGAGACUUUUUAGUUAUUUCCUAAGUUACAUUGAAGAAAACGAUUAAAUUACACUUAUUUCAUACA